CUACGAUCGGCGUGGCGUUAGUUUGAGAGCAUAUCGCGAGGAUGUCCCGUUCGCGAAGUCGCAGCGCCGACCGUCGGGAGCGCCGUGACGAGAGGGGCGAUGACCGAAGCCGUGAGCGUGAGCGAGAGCGUGAGCGUGACAGAGACCGCCAUGAUGACCGCGACGAGCCUCGCGACGAGCGUCACGGCAGGCGGCGAGGCCGAUACGAUGACGACAAUGGGGAGAAACCUGACAUCAUGGUGAGAGAUGGCCCGCAUGCAGCAGUUAGCAGAAGGGAAUGGCGUGCUUGAUUCUGUGUGUGGAUGUUGCAGGAGGUGAGCGAGAGUGAUGCGGCCUUCCUGCUCGGCCGCAAGGGUGCGACCAAGGAGAAGAUUGCCCGGGUGGCCGAGGCCGUCCUCGACCUCGACGAGAAAGGUGAGCGAGCCAACGAAGAACGUCUGAUGCCUCCCACAUUGACAUCGUGGCUGGCUGGCACCCAGAUCUGAUAUUGGAGGUUCGUGGGAGGCCUGAGGCUCGCGAGAAGGCCAAGCUGUACGCCAAAGUGGUGAUGGCUCAGAGGGUGGGGCCGGUGUCCAUUGACUUCGACGAGAAGGACCGUGACGACCUCUCACUGGUCCCUGUGCCGGCUGACUGUGUGGGAUACGUCACUGGUGAGCGACGUAGUAGACAGAGAGGGAGCGAGCAAAGCUGUAUGGUGUGUGUGCUAUGCGUGCAAUAAUCAGGCAAGAAGGGCACGGUGUUGCGUUCUAUAGAGGAGGAGUGGACCACCAUCAUGUUCUUCGUCGAGAAUGCCAAGGGGCGCAAACUCAAAAGCGAGAUCCAGGAGCACCUCGCCAUCUUCGGAGCUGAGUGAGGCAGCCAUCUCGUUCACAGUCGAGCGUCGAUGACGAAUCCAUGUGUGUGCGUGUGUGCGUGUGUGUGUCAGGCGCAAUCGUCGUGGUGCUGAGCUCAAAAUCAUGAGCGCAGUGGAGGGCAAGUCCAAGGGGUUCUACACAAAAGGUAUGUGCCUGGCAGCCAACCACAUCAAUGUCUUGAGCUCCCCGCCUCCCCUUGUGCGUGUGUGCAUCGGCAGCGGUGACUGACUACUUCGACCCCCGUGACAUGUUCUCGACUGACUACUAUCGCAUCCCCGAGGAGGACUUCUCAUACGCACUGGGCUCCCAGGGCACCACGCGACGCAAACUCGCCAUCGCAUCGGGAGCCGUCAUGGAGUACGUCGGUCGCAUCGCAUUCAUGUCCGGUAAGCAGACACCCAUGAAUGCAUCACUGGGGGGGGGGAAGGGGCGGGAAAGCGUCACAAACGUGCUCGUGCUGUCGGCGUGUUCAGGCACGUUGGCUCAGCGGAAGCGUGUGUAUGAGUACCUCCGGUGGCUGUGCGAUCAGCGUGUCAAGAGCGUCACAGUCGACACCGACGGCAGGUGCGUUGACCAAUAAGCGUACUGAGCAUGCACACCGGAUGACGGACGUGUACGCGUGUGUCUUUCAGGGACGAUGUGACGGUGCUGCACAUCCCGUAUGAGUAUGUGGGUCUGGUCACCGGCUCCAAGGGACGCACUCUCAGGCAGGUGGAGGAAGACACGAGGACAUUCUGCUUCGUCGAAGGCCUCAAGUAACCAACACACACACACACACACACACACAAGCCGUUGAUUCCACAUCACACACCUCGCUUCAUCUGUCUGUCUGUGUGUCAGCCGUGAGAGUCGUGGUGAGGGCACUGGUGAGCGUCUGCUGAUCUUCGCCGAGAACCCCAGGUCACGGGAGCGGGCCAAGGAGAUCAUCCUGCGACGCAUCGACGACCACAAGAGCGGACGCCUCUACCGGUAUGUCUGCGGCUUCGCAGGCUGCACGCCAGACCAUGCACCGUACAGUCGAUAUGUGUGUCGCUCAGUGGUGGUGGUCAUGAUUCCCGCGACUACGGCGAUGAGUCCUAUCGGUAUCGGUGGUGGGACUACGACAGCCGCAACAGCAGGGGCUACUACGACCGCGACAGGCCGGAGCGCUACGACGACUAUGACAGGGGCAGGGACGACCGAUACCGAGACAGGUGCGGAGGGAGGGAGAGAGUGAGGGAGAGAGGGAGGGAGGGAGAGAAAGGGCACAUGGAUAAAAUUGAUGGACUGUAUGUAUGUGUGCGUGUCUGUGGCUUGCGUUGGUUGUCAGGUACUAUGACGACCGUCGAGACCGCUACGACGACCGACAUGACGACAGGCGGGAUCGCCACUAUCGCGAUGACGACCACUAUGGGUAAGGCGGCCAUCGAAUGCGAUACUGGCUAUUUAGUGGCGGGCGGGCGGGCGAUGAAUGGAUGGAUGGAUGGACAUGAAGCUGAGCUGGGUGGCGAUGCCGUACAGACAGUGCAGCUGAACCAUCUCGUCACGCUGACUUUCGUGCCUGUCUGACGCCGGUGGCUGGUGUGACUGAGAAUGAUGAUGAUGUUCUUGUGCUUGAUGAUGAUGGCAAUGCAGUCGAGGGCCCCCGGGGGCGGGUGAGCUGCAUGCACGUCUUUUCCGUUGUCUAUGUGUGUGUGCCGCCCGCGACUUCAUUUCUGACCCUUCAUUUCACGAAUGUUCAUCCUCUCUCUCUCUCUCUGUGUGUGUGUGUGUGUGUGGGUGUGUGUCUGUGUGUGUGUUAGGUCUGACGCUCGCAACGGCCGACGAUGAUAGGUACACACAAAGGAAUCAGCACACACGCAACGAAACGCAGAACGGCAUUCAAGUGUCCUCUCUGCUCGACGGGUCCGUGACAGACAGGCGAAUGGGCGGCCGCUGACCGACCGAGGGAUGGGUGUUGUGUGUGCUGCGCUGAGGUGCUGUUCGGUGAUUGAUGUAGAGGCUUGCCGAGAGACCGUGUGGAGGGUAGACAGACGCGUGUGUGCGUGUGCCUUUAUUGGGCCGACUGACUGUGAGUGAAAGAGUGUGCCUUUUGCCGUCCGUGUGUUCGGUCACUCCCCGUGUUCACCACCGCCCACAGACCGACAAAUGCAGUGGUACGUGUGCCCGUAUACGCACGCACCCCUGCAUUCGUUGUGUGUGGUGAUGGAAACGGUGAAGGACGGCACGUGGACUGAGCAGCCAGACGCUUUAGUAUACACACAUAACUUACUGGUUGAGGUGAGUUUUUGUCUUGGCGACUUCGACCCCACUCGUGCAUUGCAUAUCACUGAAUGUGUGCAUGUGUGA